GCACCCCUGAGGGACUGCAAAUGCAAAUAAACGCGGCGAAGGAGUUUGCUGAUAAGUGGAGAUUGUCUGCCAACGUUAAGAAGAGUGCCGUCAUGAUGUGCAACGAGGACAGGGAGGAACCAGUAGAACAAAGAUGGAAGUGGGGGUUCGAGGAGAUUGAAGUAGUGGACCAGUACACACACCUCGGAGUAGAGAUCGCAAAAGACUGCUCGUGGAAUGCUCACAUGUGCAAGAUGGCGGAAAAGGGCAAAGAACGAGCAGGGAAGCUACACCCAAUACUCGCAAACCGGCAUCGCGAUACACGCAUCAAAUUGACGGUUUUGAAUAGCGCAACCGUAGUCAACGAGCUCGAGGCGGCGCAGAUAAAAGCAACGAAAGUCAUCCUAGGAUUCUCCAGCCGCACAAGUAGUGCAGCCGGUAGGGCAGAACUAACUGGGGAUCUGAUCCCUAAGGUGACGUAUGGAUGGGUUCGAAUUGACGAAGGCGACACGCUAGAUAUGGAGGGGCUUAAAGGGUUCAAGGAGAAGCUACCUGUUGCUUGUGCCGAGAGAGAAGAACAGAAUCUAAGAAAAGAAGCCAAGUACAAGGAGGCCAUAGAAGUGUACGGAAUGUUGAAAGAAGGAAUAGGGUUCAAGCAGUACCUACAUGGACCAAUGGAUGCAGGGACAGAGCUGAAGGUCAAGUUCAGGACCGUGGACAUUGACCUUCGAGAACGUAGACGAAGAUAGAGGAAGGUAGACGAUGAAGACACCAACUUCAAAUGUGAUCGCGGCUCCGACUCCGAAGACCAUGGACAUGUAGUCGCGGAAUGUCGGCUGUACAAGAAGGGGUUGUACAUGACUGACCGCUCUAACCGGCUGACUAAUGAAAAUACGUCAGAGGCAGAGCGCGGUUGACAACCCAAUGAUAUUCUCCUAGACGUCAUGAUCUGGGGGCCCGCGAGGAGACGUCACGGGGGGGGGACCUCUACUGUACUCAGGACCGCACUACACACCGAGCGGAGGUAUUGCACAGGGGUGUGCGUUUUGUAUCAAACAAAGUCAAAUGAUUUUAUUCGAUGUCCGCCCAGGGUCCGGAGCCAUCGCACCCCUCCUGUGCGAUGUCUCGCAACCUUACGGGUACAAGACGGUGUGCAGUGGCUACCAAGUAUAGCGCUCGUUGCGGUCGCCGUCGCUCAUUUGUCGUGCACACAGGCACACACACGUACUACUUCAUCACAGAAUGUGGCGUCUUGCAGCAGCGGAGGUGGCGGUGCUGCUGUAGCUCGUAGACUUUGUAGUCUACCACAGAGGUUACACUGCUGUCACCGCUCUAUCACAGAGGUUGGUCUACACUGCUGUGAGAUCGGUAGGCCCGAGCGAGCUUUGGAAAGAGAAAUGCAGAUAGAUGUUCUUAUCAACUGACUCCCUGGUCAGGCUUUGAUGGGUGCUAGAUGAGAGUGAGCACAAGGGGCGAAGGCGCGCUUGUGUCUCAUCUCAACAACAAAAC